AUGCUACAGCCUAUCCAGGCCGUCACCUCGAAAACUGCCCAGCGUUCCUAUAUAAACAUAGUGCUCUUCUCAUGUGCCUCCUUUGCUCUCUUUGGCAUAUCGACUAUAUCGUACUGGGUUUUCUACUACAACUUUGUCCCCCAAAUCAGCCUUGAGAGUCAAAUUCACCUUCAAUAUGAUAAGAGCUCUCCGUAUGGUACUGCGGUUCUGGGGCCACGUUUGAUUCCCCUUCAAAAGUACGACGUCAAGGUCAUUCUACAACUCCCGUCAACCCCUGCAAAUCGUGCGGCAGGGAACUUUAUGCUUGAUCUCGCGUUUCUUCAAGAACCCGACGAUAUAUCUGGAUCUGUCUCAAACGUGUCCGAGAAUGUAUUGCUACGGUCACGCCGCCCGGCCAUGCUUACCUACACAUCACCGAUGGUAGACACAGCUCGUCAGCUAUGGAGGCUUCCACUCUAUGUUUUAGGGCUGAAGCGGGAGGCAGAAGAGCUCGGGAUUGGAAUGAUGGAACGAGUACAGUUUCCAAAAGGAAAAGGCAAGGUGCCAAAAGCUCUCAGGCUAGAGAUCCAAAGCCACGAGCGGAUUCAAGUGUACAAGGCGAGUGUGAGGAUAGAUGCAAGGUUUGCCGGUCUAAGUCCUACUCUCCAACUCUUUAUAUUAUGGAUAAUGUACAAUUGGAGAACACUUUCUUUCUUGACAUUUGGGUCUAUGUUCUGGCUCUUUUCUGUAUCAGUCGCCACUGGUGUUUGGCUUCUGCUUUCUUCUCAGUUCACAGGGGGGAAGGAAAUGGUCAUCAAGAAAGAGGAGGAUAUUGACACCGAUGAUGAGUUUGAAGGUGGCUCAGAGCAAUAUACGCCAACAGAAAAGGGUAUUGCUGCAAGAACUUCCCUAGAAAUAAAAGCUGAGGAGGAGGAUGAACCGUCAGCAUAUGCUUCAAAUGAAGAUGGCGGGCCAGAGGAAGAUCAAGCCAGCGAAAGUAAUGACGGAAUUUAA